CAGAGUAUGAAGUUUAAAAAAUAAAUCCUGUCAGAGGCUGCUCGUUUUCCCCUUCCUGGCAGGAAAUGUAAUUCUCUGAGGUAAAUUUUUAUUUCACAAGCAAUGUAUUUGCGUGAUUAGCUUAUUAAAUGGAAGUUGAUUAACAUUUCUUGCGAUGUAAAUAUUUAUAUAUAAAAAAAAAAAAAUGUUAGGUAUUGAAAAAGGGGCCGUCUAUAGGGUUAUGGCUAAGGUUGAGUUCAUUUUCUGAGGUAAAACUUUACUUCAUUAGAAAUUUUACUUCAUUAGAUUGUAUUUUUGAAAUACAUUCCUGUGAAAUAUGAAGUAAAAAAAAAGAUAAUUUCACAAAUUAAUGAAACACUAUAAAGAAAACGAAAAAAAAAAGAUAUUAUGCAAUAAAGUACAGUAAUAGAAAUAUGGAAAGAAAAAUAUAUAAAUAGUAAAUUAGUAAUAACAUGUUAUAAGUAGGCUAUAUAUACAGGUCAUGAAUUAUAUUUUCAUGUUUUAUAAAGUCAAUAGAAACAUUGUGAAAGUUAUAACCAUACCUUUUUUGUAUUAUUCUUAGGAUGGCAACCCCCUACAGUCAGCAAGCACCGCUGAAAGUGAAGUGUGUGGGUAGCCGCAGGAGCCAAAAGGCUUUAAAUUUUGUCACAAAAGACAAUAUAAUUGAUGUUGGCGCAUACAAGGUGACCACACUGUCAGCCCUCACUGAUGGACAAACAUGGUACACCUCAAUAAAAAAUGGAAGUGACCCAGAGUUUGAAGAGGGUGGGUCAUAUAUCAUAAAAAAUUAUACCCUCUCAAAACAAUAUGGCCGGCAGUGUAUUUUUUUAAACCGGACCAGCAGGAAAUUUAAAACCUCUCCAUUGGCCAUAACCGAGGAUGCAGAGAGAGCUGCUAAAGAGGUCCUCUAUCCUCCUUCCCCAUUUGUAACCGGGGAAGAACAGGAGAUCUUCACAAGACCUGGGUACCUGAGUCUGCGGGGCAAUAUUGAGAAAUUGCAAGUGGCCAGGAUGACUCGGGCCCAGUAUCCCCUCCUGGACCUUUCUUUGAGGUCUGGAACAAAACUCCUGGAGGUAACUUUGUGGAGAGAAGAGGCGUUGAUGGACCUGUACGUCGGGGAUAAGGUGGAGAUCAGCCACCUAAGGGCAAAAAUUCAGCCCAAUGGAGGAGGCAAAUUUGACUCCUCUAACUAUACGACUGUCAAGAUCGUUGAGCGCCAGAUCCUCGAAGCGGUGCUGACAAUUAUCGGAGUGUCUGAGGAUGAUAACAAUAUGCUCAUCCUGUUGGACAGUAAACUUGAAGACUAUGCUGUACCAAGCCAUUUUUACCAUGGCAGUAUAAAUGACUUGGUACAGCAGCUGCCAAUUACACUGAAAGUCCAGCACAUUCACAAUCGUGUGCUGAAACUUGAGGCCGUGGAUACAACUGAGGCCGCAGAAUCCCUGGAAACAACUGAGGCCGCAGAAUCCCUGGAAACAGCGGAGGAUGCAGAAUCCCUGGAACUUAUCGAGGCCGCAGAAGCCGCAGAAUCCCUAGAAGUCGAAAACACUGAGGCUUAA